AGCAACUGCUCACGGCUUUCUCAAGAAGUUUGCCUGUGCAACGGAGGCCCCGGGGGAGUGGCAGCGAAAAGGCCCAGAGGGAGGGAGAGAAAGACACACACAAGCUCAGGAAAAGAGGUGGUUGAGGGGUAGAGGGCUCAGGACACAAGAUGCUCAAAGAUGUAGGAGGUGCCAGGUGCAGGAAUUCACCAGAAAGAGAAGGAGGGCUACUUCUCACGCUGCCCCUAGGAGAAAGGAAGAAAGCGUGCACACCUGUCAGUUUUGGGGACUGGGGUUGCCUGCAUCUCCCUUGUAAAGAAGGAGGCACAGGUUCAAAACCAGACAGAGGUGGAUGAGGUAAACCUCCACCUUGAGACUAGCAGGCUCGUCUAGAAGAUGUGAAAAUUCCCAGUGCUUAUUACAGAAUCACCAGGCAGAGCCUUGGCCCACAGUCAGAGUCCCAGGACAGCCCUCAUUGCUCCUCUGUGGAAGUACCUCCCCUGGUGGACCUCCUGGAUUUCCCCUUUGGCUGCCCUGGGUCAGAAGUUUCCACAUAAAGCUUGCUUCGCUUUUUUCCUGUUCAACAGCCCUGACAACUACCAAGCCCUGAGUCACAGUGGCCUCUCCAGUAGCACAGCAGCUGUAACAGCAAGAGCAGGAUUGAAAUUAAGUUUACCUCAAAUAUGACUGCAUUUAACUUUGAAAACUACGAAGGAGACGAUUAUAAUUACAGUUACAGCACUGACCUGCCCUUGAUUCUACCAGACUCUGCCCCAUGCCGGCCAGAAUCUCUGGAUAUCAACAAGUAUGCCGUAGUUGUCAUCUAUGCCCUGGUCUUCCUGCUAAGCCUACUGGGAAACUCCCUGGUGAUGCUGGUCAUCUUAUACAGCCGGGUCGGCCGCUCUGUCACUGAUGUCUACCUGCUGAACCUGGCCAUGGCUGACCUGCUCUUUGCCCUGACCUUGCCUAUCUGGGCCACCUCCAAGGCAAAGGGCUGGAUCUUUGGCACCCCUCUGUGCAAGGUGGUCUCGCUCCUGAAGGAAGUCAACUUCUACAGUGGUAUUCUACUGCUGGCCUGCAUCAGCAUGGACCGCUACCUAGCCAUCGUCCACGCCACACGCACGCUGACCCAGAAGCGCCACUGGGUCAAGUUCAUAUGCAUAGGCAUCUGGGCCCUGUCCUUGGUCCUGGCCCUGCCCAUCUUCAUCUUCCGCAGGGCCAUCCAUCCACCCUACUCCAGCCCUGUCUGCUACGAGGACAUGGGCGCCAAUACAACAAAGUGGCGGAUGGUGAUGCGGGUCCUGCCCCAGACCUUUGGCUUCCUCCUGCCCCUGCUGGUCAUGCUGUUCUGCUACGGACUCACCCUGCGCACCCUGUUUGCCGCCCACAUGGGGCAGAAGCACCGGGCCAUGCGCGUCAUCUUUGCCGUCGUGCUCGUCUUCCUGCUCUGCUGGCUGCCCUACAACCUGGUCCUGGUGGCAGACACCCUCAUGAGGGCCCGGGUGAUCGCUGAGACCUGUGAGCGCCGCAACGACCUCGGCCGGGCCCUGGAUGCCACCGAGAUCCUGGGCUUCCUGCACAGCUGCCUCAACCCUCUCAUCUACGUCUUCAUUGGCCAGAAGUUUCGCCACGGGCUCCUCAAGAUCAUGGCCAUCCACGGCCUGAUCAGCAAGGAGUACUUGGUCAAGGACGGCAGGCCUUCCUUCGUUGGCUCUUCUUCAGGGAACACUUCUACCACCCUCUAAGGCCCCCACGCGGGACUCCUCCCUUCCCCUCGGUGUCCAUUCUGAGCCAGCCUCGUGUCCUCUGGCUGUUCACAGCCCUGGGUCAAGGCAGCCCCCCACUGUGGUUACAGGAAGUUGCUGAGGCCACUUCCUUGGCAGGCCCCCACCUUCUGGUGUAGAGAGCCUGCCCUGGCCCCCAGCCCUUACCGUAAUUACCUUGUCAACUGCUAGAGCUCAGUCCACCCGACUCUACCAUUGAGCCCACAGCCCUCUGUCUUCUGGCAGACGUUCUUUGAAGGUGUUCUUGAAGCGAUUACAGAGAGUUCCCACCAUUGGGAGCCAUUAGUCUCAAACACCGUGGGUUCCUUCCCCAACUCUCCCUUUCCUUGCCUCCUGGCAAAGUCUGCCUCCCUUGAGAGAGGCUGAGAAGGACAGAAACUCACUUUCUAAGGCUCUCUUAAGCUAUGAGUGGCCCUAUCACCUGGUUCUGAUUAAUAAGACUGAGGGGCACUAGUGUGCUGGUAGGCCAUUCUCCUAGGGAAAAAGUCUUGAUUUGUAGGAUUUGCCAUGCUCUGUGGUAUAAAUAAAUGCUCCCUCUAUGGCUGA